CCAACAUCGCUCGUGUCGGCGAGUUAGUAAAUUACACUGAUCUCCACUUUACUCGACUGCUGUCCCGUUUACGAAGCCAGAAAUGUCUGCUCUGAACAAGAAGUUGACACAAACCCUCGCUGAAACCAUCUCUAAACAAGUCAAACACUUUAAUAAAAGAGAGACUGAGUGUCUGAUCCGGCUGUGCAACGGGCUGCUGGGGGAUCAGACGCUGCCCGGGAGAGCUGUGAGUGGCUUGGACAGAGCCAGGUUCAUGGACAUGCUGCACAACAGCUUCGGGAUGACCGACGUCAUGAUGAUGGAUAGAGUCUUCCAUACAUUUGACAAAGACAGUGAUGGCUACAUCAGUGUGAAGGAGUGGAUUGAGGGACUGUCAGUCUUCCUUCGCGGGACGUUGGAUGAAAAAAUAAAAUACUGCUUUGCUGUAUAUGACUUGAACAGCGAUGGCUACAUCUCCAGGGAGGAGAUGCUUCAAAUGCUGAACGACAGCAUGAUCAGGGAGCCAACAGAGGAGGAUCCGGAUGAAGGGAUUAAAGACCUGGUGGAGAUCACAUUCAAGAGGAUGGACUAUGACCAUGAUGGCAGGCUCUCUUAUGCAGACUUUGAGAGGGCAGUAAGAGAGGAGAACCUGUUGCUUGAAGCUUUUGGAUCCUGCCUCCCUGAUGCUGAGAGUACGCUGGUAUUUGAGGAGCAAGCAUUUAAGGACCCACCUGGACAAUGAUGAAAUCAUCCAUUUGAGUUACCUUUUUUCGUUUUUAAUAAAAAAAAAAACAUGUUAACAGC